GUAGGUGGUGUUGGCGGUGCCAGGUGGGCGGCGCGGCGGGGCAGAGCAACAGUGGUGUGGUGGGUGGUGUGCGGGCAGGAUGUUCCGUGGCGGGGCAGCUGUGGCGGUGCCCACUACUCCCAGGCCGGUGGGGCGACUCAACCUCCUCUCCCAGCCGGCAGGAGGACUUCUGCAGCAGACCGCCGGGAGCGGCCCAGCAUGGCGUCGCGCAGGUCGACUGCCCAUUCAACAACCACCAACACCGCCACCACCACAAACAAAUUGCGAGCUGAAGCAGAAAUGGAGGGCGGGAUUGAGUCACAGAAUUUCCCGGAUUGAAGUAGAAGAGGCCCCGAAAACUGAGGUCCAGAGCGUCCCUCAGUGGAAGCGAAAGCAGGAGCAGGAGAAGAAAGCAGAGGAGUCCGAGAGGAAGGUAGAGCCGCUAUGGAAGAGAAUACGAGAGGCUGAGAAGAAACAAGAGUCGGAGAGGAAACCAGAACAGCCAGACAAUAAGAUGGCCAAGAAACAGAAUGAAACACAGCCCGACAUGGAACGAAGAAGACCAGAACCGUUGUGGAAGAAGAAACAGGAACCACAGAAGCUUGAACUAAAAGUAGAACCGGAGAGAAAACCAGAAGUGACAAAGAACAAUGAAAUGAAGAACAAUGUACAUCACGAUAAAAAACUAGAGAUCCCGAAGACAGGAGAGGUUAAGAAAAUAGAACCAGUAAGGAAAUUGGAACCACUAUGGAAAAGAAAAUUUGAACCUGUAAGCAAACCUGAACCCGAAGUAAAGGAAGUCCCUGCCAAGAAAAUAGAACCGAUCUGGAAGAGAAAAAUCGAACCACAAGAAAAGAAAGAACCAGAAACCAAACAAGAACCAGCAAAAAAACUAGAACCUAAAAUCCCCGCAAAACUAGAACCGACAUGGAAGAGAAAAAUUGUAGUAGACGACAAAACAGAACUGAAAACUAAACCGGAACCGUUAACGAAACAAGAACCAAAGCCCCCUGGUAAAGUAGAACCAAUAUGGAAGAGAAAAAUUGUAGUAGAUGACAAGAUAGAACCAAAAAACAAACAAGAACCGGUGAAAAAGCCAGAACCACUUUGGAAGCGGAAGAAGGAACCUGAGAAAGAACCGGAGCAGAAGAGUGAACCAUCAAAAAAGCAAGCCAGUGACGAGAAGACCCGAAAAGAUCCAAGUUCCAUUGAAGACCUGCCUGAAGAAGAUGAGACCGAGGAGAUCAUAUGUCCAAUGUGCUCUGAGCUCUACGACGAGGAGGAAUACCAGCCCGUCCUUCUACCCCGCUGCGGCCACACCUUCUGCCGCCCUUGCCUCACCACCAUCAAGGGAAAGGGUCACUUCCCCUGCCCCACCUGCCGGAAGCGUCACCUCAAGCCGGCCAUAGAGGACCUUCCUGUUCACAACGAAGUCCUCAACAAAGCCAACGCCUACAGGGAGGAAAAGUUCUCCUUCUUCUCUAAAGCUUUGAGUCAGGGAAGCAAUGUGAGGGCAGGGAGGUGCCAGACUCACCAGAAUCUCUUGGUGUACUGGUGCUACGACUGCCAGGAACCACUUUGCUCCUCCUGCCGCGUCAUGAACGGCCACGAAGUUGUGAGAACGAGAGUGGUAUUGCAGGAGAAGCGGCAGGAGAUGAAGGAGAGCGGGAAGACAAUUCUUGACAGCGUGCUGGAGGAGAGGAAGAAGAAUCAAACCGUGAGGUCUUGCUCUCUACAGCUUCUCAAGGCGUGCGAGGAGAGCGCCGCAGUGGAAGGCUCCUCCAAGGGCGUGAAGGAGAUGCUGAGCGACACUAGACAGACGGCAGACCUCAGCUUUGUCUUCACGAGCCUCGAGCGCAUGAAGAGCAUCUUGGGUGUUUUCAGGAAGGCAAGCAGCGACUCAGAAUCUGAUGAAGACAUGACGCCGAAGCUCAGACGACGAAGAGAGCGACGCCAGACUCAGCAGGAUGGUGAAGCCGACACGAACGAAGACGCCAACUCUCCUGAAAAGAAGGGAACUUUGACCCACGCCGAGAACAAGAAGCAAGAAAGGGAUGUUAUUGGGAGCACGAAUGUGAACAAGACGAAGGAGAUGAGCAGAAUUGGCCAGCAGCAGCCAGCGGCGGCAGGAAUGCAGGGCGUUGUUCCUGCCGAGGUGCUGAGCCAGGGGCCGCUGCUGUCUCUGGGGGACGCGUCGCUGUGGCCGCUGACGUGCUGCGUGUACACAGAGAAUGGCAGACGAGGGAGGCUGUCACGGCAAGGUGGCAGGCUGCACAUGAGCGCACUCACUGAGGACGAGGAGGAGGCGCACUUCAUGAUCAAGCUGCCGGUGAUCCAGAGCGUCAUCCCACAAGACAGCCCUGAGGUGUUCUUGGAGGUGGCGGUGGGGGAGCGACACCUGGGCCGCAUAUAUAUCAAGCUAUGGGGACACUUGCGGCGCGCCCACAACUUCCUCGCUCUAUGCAUGGGUACUCACGGGCCCUCCUACCGCGGCGCUAAAUUCGAUGAGGUUUUCUCCAGAGGCUUGAAGGGAGAGUGUCUGCACGCGGGGCCUUACCCAACCCCAUCUGGAGAACUGAGUGCCCAUCGAGUUAUGGACGCGCUGGAGUGGGAUGGGGAGUUCAAGGGGAUUCAGAGGAAGGGAUUGGUAGUGGGUGCAGGCAGCGGCAGGCCGGACAGGGACGCUUGUUUUGAUAUCUGUACCAUCGAGAAUCCAAGCAGGCACUUCGCUUGUCCCUUCGGCGAGGUGGUGGACGGCUGGCCCACCAUAACAGCCAUCCUGGAGUACAGACCACUGCGUGCAGUGACCAUGGUGGAUGUGGGUGUGGUGGUGCCGGAUGGUGCCCUGCCUGUCUCAUGAGGCUCACCACUACACACAGACAAACUCACACACACACACACACACACACACACACACACACACACACACACACACACACACACACACACGUAUACAGACACACUUUACAUUUAUGGUUUUGUUUCCUGUUUAGCUUUAUUGGUGUAGAAAACUGUCACAAGCUUGAUUAAGAAAGUCUAUUUUUUUCUUCUGCCAUACUAUAACUAUUUUUUCCUUUUAAUUUUCUGUAGUAGUUGUUUUGUCUCCUCUGUUCAUUUUCUUCCUAUCAUAUUCAUGCAGUUCAGUAUUACAACUUGAUGCAUUGGUGAAUUGGGUACUACACUGUUCAAGAUACUUUAUCUGUGCUUGUUUACUGUUUUGUUGACACCUAUAUUGCGUGUUCUCGAUGUUAAUUUAUUCAGCAUCACAUUGUAUCGCUCGUGAUCUCUUGUCUAACAUCUUUCUUAAACGUGUCGAACGAACUUAUAUUGUGAAGUGUCUGCACGUAAAGAAUAAGAAUGUGUGUGUGUGUGUGUGUGUGUGUGUGUGUGUGUGUGUGUGUGUGUGUGUGGAUGCAUAGUACAUAAGUAUUCAUGAUUAUAAAUACAUAUACUGCUUGUUAUCUGCAUAAGUAAUGCAAGUGAUAAGUUUUGCAUUCACUUGUGUAUCAUAUUAGUCUUUCGUUCAAUUAGUAACGCGAUACAGAGACUGUUGAGCGUAUCCCUGGCAGCUUGCAACUUUCCUUAUUUUCUUAGACUCUUCAAUUCUUACGUGUAUCCAUCUUAGUAUGCAUAGCAAGUAGUGUACUCUUCGUUUCACUGUUUAUACCUGCUCACCUUAAUGAAUUUCUUAUUAUUUAGUGACUGCCAUUCUGACCUGCUGCGGGAAAUUAAGUAAGUCUCCGCUGAAGAAUUCUUAAUAAAGUAGGUGGUAUUCCUGCCUUCUAUGUUACACCUAUUAUUUGUUAUCAGAAAACCCUCCCUUGUCGCCAGCUUUCGAGGUAAACUUUGGAAGCUUCUCUGUUGUAUAAUAAAGAAUAUCUACAGAAACAGAAUGUUAUGAUAUGCUAACGUAUGGCUUACUAUUUUAAUUUUUUUUUUUUCAUGUUCCUUCUAUAUUACUUCGAUAUAUCACACUGGAAAUAUAUGUCUUUACUAUCAA